ACAGUGACAACUAACAUGACAUGACAUGACAUUUGAUGAAUUGAGGUUAUAACAAACUUUGUUUUCAAACAUUAAUUUCGAAGUUGUAAAUGAAACGAAAUAAUAUUUAAAAAAUAAAAAUGGUUUGUGAAAAGUGUGAGAAGAAGUUAGGCAAAGUCAUUACUCCGGAUCCGUGGAAAACUGGCGCAAGAAAUACCGUGGAAUCUGGCGGAAGAAAAGUUGGGGAAAAUAAGGCUCUUACUGCAAAAAAAGCUCGUUUUAAUCCAUAUACGGCCAAAUUUGAUGAAUGCAAAAUAUGUCGUAUGAAAGUACAUCAAGUGGGUUCACAUUACUGUCAAGCUUGUGCCUACAAGAAGGGUAUAUGUGCGAUGUGCGGCAAGAAAAUAUUGAACACCAAGAACUAUCGACAAAGUUCCACUUAAUGCAUAGAAUUAUUUAAGUCACCCUAAAGGUAGACUCCAAGCCUCUCAGUGUGGAUGAAUAGGUGGUGAUGAUUUUUUUUUUAUAACAUAAGGUGGUAAACGAGCCAGCGUCCACCUGAAUCCGCCAAAGUGCCCAAGUGACCACUGCCCAUAGAAAUGCCCAAUUGUAGAUGCAUUGCCUACCCUUAUCCAACAGAGGAGGAGACACACAUAAAAAGGACUUUCUUUGCAUCUCCGCCGCUGUCAAAUCCACUUGCCCUUCCCAUCCUCUCCUUAUGAGAAAAGGGUGGUAAGGAGUAAGAGACUUAAAUUAGGCCUCCUGCACCACACUCAUCAGACAAAACACGGAAUUGCUUCCAUUUUAUGCCUGUCUUCUGUGUGGUCGUGGUAUUACACCAGGCGUGACGGCCCAUUCGUGCUAAGAUGUUAAAGCGGGCACUACCACUGUAAGAUAGAUAAUGAAUAUAAUGAGAUGUAUUUUGUAAACUAAGUUUACAAUUUAAUAAUAGGUUAGUGUAAUCAUGGUUGUCAGUUGUGAUCUAUAAAUGAUAGACUGACUUAUUUUAAAGAUAUAUCUUGAUUCAUGUUAAACACUGAUCUGUAUAAAUGGAUAAGUCUUUCUCUUACAGCUUUUGUUCCGACAUUAACAUGUCUGUUAACAUUAAUUAUGUAUAAAUAUGUCUGUUACUAGAACCAAUUCUCAACACUGCCUCAGUCAAGGCCGAAAUGGUCAAAAUUUGCACAAAACUAAUUAUAGCCUGUCCAUUUAUAAAGAUCAGUGUUAUUUAAUCAUUUGAAUCAGAAUUCUUUGUUAAAUCAAGUUUUGAUAAAGAAAAAACUGUCACAUUUUAGAUUAUAAUUAAAUUUUGCAAUGCAAAAGUGAAUGGAGCAAGUUUUGUAAAUAUAGA